GUUGUCUCCUCUUCUCCGAAGAAGAGAAGAGAAACCCUCUCCUCCUCUUCCCGCAAUGGCCGCCGCCGCCGCCGUCGCCCUCCUUCGCCGGAGCCUCGCUGCAGGCCCCGCCCCCGCACUGCUCCUCCGCCGCCAACUCCUCCUCCGCCUCCUCUCCACCCAGACCCAGACCCCCGCUGACCUUGCCCACCUCAAGAACUCCAUUCGCAGCGCCGCCCACACGCCGGACACCCUCGCCGACCUCUUCCUCUCCGGCCUCUCCCACCCCGCCUUCCUCGCCGACCGCCCUCUCUUCACCCUCUCCGUCCACCGCCUCGCCUCCGCCGGCCGCCGGGACCUCGUCGCCUCCAUACUCUCCUCCUCACUCACCUCCCUCCCCGCGCCCCACCCCUCCGAGGGCUUCCUCAUCCGCCUCAUCUCCCUCUACUCCGCCGCCGGCAUGCCCGACCACUCCCUCUCCACCUUCCGCAUCAUUAGCCCGCCCUCCGACCGGGCACUCUCCGCUCUCCUCUCCGCCUACCACGACAACCGCCUCUACGACCGAGCAAUCCAAGCCUUCCGCACCCUCCCCGCCGAGCUCGGCAUCAAGCCCAGCGUCGUCUCCCACAACGUCCUUCUCAAGUCCCUUGUUGCCAAUGGCGACGUCGCCUCCGCCCGCGCCCUGUUCGAUGAAAUGCCUGUGAAGGCUGGCGUUGAGCCGGACAUCGUCUCCUGCAACGAGAUCCUCAAAGGCUACCUCAACACGGCCGAUUACGCCGCCUUUGACCAGUUCCUCAAGGACAACACCACCGCCACUGCUGGUAAAAGGCGGCUCAAGCCCAAUGUUGGCACAUACAACCUCCGGAUGGCUGCACUGUGCUCCAAAGGGAGGAGCUUCGAGGCUGCUGAGCUGCUGGAUGCUAUGGAGGCAAAGGGCGUCCUGCCCAACCGUGGGAGCUUUAACACGGUCAUCCAGGGGCUCUGCAAGGAGGGGGAGGUGGGUGCCGCUGUCGCGAUAUUGAAGAGGAUGCCAGAGGUGCCGAGGCCAAACGGGAAGGGCGUGUCGCCCAACUCUGAGACCUACAUUACGCUGCUUGAGGCACUAGUCAACAAGGGCGUGUUUGGUCCUGCGUUGGAGGUGUUCAAGGAAUGCUUGGUGAACAAGUGGGCACCACCAUUCCAAGCUGUACAAGGACUGAUCAAAGGACUGCUCAAGAGCAGGAAGGUCAAACAUGCCAAGGAGGUUGCCAUGGCGAUGAGGAAGGUUGUCAAGGGUGAUGCCAAGGAGGAGUGGAAGAAGGUUGAGGCUGAAUUUUCAUUCGAGCCUACUGCUAAAAAAGCGUAACUGCUAGGAAUGGCGCAUGGCACAAUCAGAGCAUCAGUUAGACGAUUAUUUUCCACUUUCAAAUCUGUCCUCUUAUCUGCAUGUCUUUUUUGUGCUUGUAGCCAUCUCUAGUCAUUCAUUUGGUUUAGCACACAGGAUUCUUUUCCUGUACGAGGUAUUUGCAGUUUGAACAAAUACAAGUCGAGUACUACUCUUUGGUGGUUUAAAACGUAGGUGAUGUAACUUGAAUGAUCACAUAUGAUGCAACUAUUUCCCGUUCCUUGUAUCAAUUAUCUCAAACUUGGU